AUGGCAGCCGACCAUGCAAGGCCAAUUGUGCCUCCAAAACAACUCAAAACCGACUAUCCCUUAAUAGAUUCAGACCCCCAUGUACGCCGCGUGUUUGGAUAUGCUCGACCCUCAGAUUAUAUAAUGGGAGCCGGCGUCACCGUUGUGAGCCCACUGCUUUUCGGGAUCAUGGAACGUGUUCAACCUGCUGCAUCUGGUGCUAUUAACUAUACACGAUGUAUGAGACUGGCCGGAGCCGUUGGAUUGGCAGCAGGAAUUAUUACCGUUUACCAGCGGUCCAGCAACCGAUUUUACGGACUCACGGAGAACUCUCGUGAAGAAGAGAUGGAUAUGCGGGAAAUGGUUGACAAGAUCAAGAAAGGAGAGCCACUAUACGGGACCUCUGUACUCUCACCAUACAUGCAGGGCGUUGCUGCACGGAAUUCCCGCUACACUUCGCUCUUUAUUCAUGUGAUUCCCUGGUUCAACGUUGUCAACCACAACCAGCACGGUGUUGACACCGCAAAAUAUUAUCGUCAAGCCGAGCGAGAGUUGGAAGCUGAGCGUGAAAAAAUGAUGGCUAGUCAAUAG